UGAGUCCUGACUCCAGUAGUGUUGCACGAACGAUUGAAACCAGGCAAGCCAUCGUGUUUAACAGCUGGACCCGCUUUUUGGGUUAUUGGGAUUAGCUAAAGGACACUUCAAUUUCAAAGGAGUUUUGUCUAGACGACCCAAAAAGGAGUUCGUGGUUGACUAUGGGUUGCGCCUUAAGUUCAACACCAACAAGGAUAUCCAGGAAACAUUCAGUAACAACGAUCGACGAUACCAACCGCAAAGACAGCGAACAAAAUGCAACAUUUUAUACAAAUAACUUCAACCAAGAAACAGAGCAAGCAGCAUUCUAUUCUUCGGAAACUGAGUGUCAAAACUUCUUUGACUAUCAGGCAGUUGAACACAGUGACGUUGAUAGCGCGAAAGACACUCCAACUUCAGAGAAAAGGGAUGUCUGUGACAGUUUUGAAAAGGGUGAAGAGGACGGCGAUUUUGGGCUUACUUUAAAAUCCGAAUCGUCGAUGUCUCGUAGCUCUCUUGAUAGUUAUCGUACGCGGGGAUAUGGCAUCUCCACGGAUGAAAAUGCAGAUAACCAAAAUAACGCUUCGUGGAUGUCACCUGAUGGAGUACCAACAUGGCGUGAGAUAUAUCACCCUAACGCAGAAGCUGACGUUGGUGAAGAUUCCUUAGAUAGUCAGCAACAUCAGUUGCAAGUUUUCGAUGGCGAGAAGACAGAGCAAACAGAAUGGAACCUUCUCGUUCACAAAAAUGUUAGUAUCAGCAACCGUGGAAUUACCAUUGGUGGUAUUGCCUGCCAGCUUACAAUAGGGCCAGAAUUAACUUUAUCAGUGUUAGGAAAAGAAUUGUUGACAACACAGAAUAGUAACGAAACAGAUUUGUUUGGAUUUUUUCAAAAGUGAAUGCCUCAAUGUGGUGAAGUAGCUGAAAUAAAUAAGAAGUAUGGGUUAUCAAGUAUUGCGAAUGAUUAUACUAUGAUUUUU